CUCAUUAUUUUCUCAGCUUCACACACCUUGUUUGACCAAGUUCUGAACCAACCGGGUGUUAGCUGCGAACUUUAGCUGGCUAACAAAGAUAGCUGCACCCGAAAGUAAACCCUCUUCCUGGGGCUGCUCGGCUAACCUGGCCAGGUGGAUCAGUGGCCAAGUGAUGCAUUGAGACGAUGAUCGGGACCACAGACCAUGCCACUGAGGGCGACCCUCUGAAGAGUGGAGAGGAAGCAACGGAGCUGAAGAAGAAGAAGACUUUAAAGGAAGUGCUGGGUUUUCACAAAUUGACCCACUGGCGAACUGCGUUCUUCUUCCUCUCCCUGUUCCUCUGCCUCACCAUCGUGUUUGCCUUCUCCUUUGUCCUCCGCUGUCCCGUCCGGCCGCAGUAUCUCGUUUCCUGGAACAGGACUUUCCCUAAAGCAGCAUCUUUUGAUUUCUUAGCCGUCCAAGCUGCGAGUGACGACAAGGUGCGGGACGUCCUGUUUGUGCUCAAGACGAGCGAAUGCGCUGUGAACAGCACCUGUGGCGAUGCAGGUCUGCCUUCGCCAUGCGUGUUUGUGUUGGCAGUGGAUGGGACAGAUGGAGUAUCCCUGUGGGAGCGUCCACUCCAUCCUGAGUUCCACUGGGCCCAGUGCGGUCUGGAGGAAGAUACAGGCAGAACCUGGGACUGCUUGCUCUCCCACUCUGACCAGAUCACUGCUGUUGACAAACACACUGGUAAAAUAAAGUGGCAGCAGCCUCAGCUCUCUGGUCUGCACAGCACCGUGCCUGUUCUCAGUAUCCCAGAUCUGGAUGGGGACAAGGUCAAUGACGUGGCUCUGAUGGGAUCUGACAACACACAGACUCAGCUGGCGUUCCUCUCAGGGAAGACGGGCGUCCAGAUCGGCUCCACGGUGUCUCUGAACUCCACAGAGAUGCAUCUUCUCCAUCGCACCGCAGAGGGUUCUCACUAUGUGCUGCUCCAAACAGACACUGGCUUGUAUGGACUUGCACUAUGGAGGAUUGCUGCCAAGGCUAAAGAAGGGAUUGAGGUCCGCUUAAAGACGGAUAGACACUGGGAGAAGGACGCUAGCAGUGCAACCGGCCUUGUGCCCAUCUACGAGUCUGACUCAGUGAAUCGAGUGGUCAGAAAAGAAGAAAGAUCGGAUCCACCAAACCUGCUCCUUGUGACCAGCACGGAUGUGGUGCUGGUAAAUGGAAAAGAUCGGAAACCAAUGUGGAGAUUCAAUACCAGCUCAGUCCUCAGCGAGCCCUCCUUCGGUCACUUUAACAAAGACGAUGUACUUGAUGUUGUGGUUGAGGAGGAGGUUGGCAACUACACAAAGAGGAUAGUAAUUCUUGACGGGAAGACCGGCGUUGUGCUGUGGCAAGUCAGUCUUUUGUCUUGUCCGAAUUCACCGGGGCCCACCGCCAUACACACCACCAACGGCGUUUCAGUCUUUGUGUUUUGGGGCAUGAUGCCACCGGCGACCAACUCGUCUAUCCCUUUAAUGAGUGACCGCCGCACUUACUUGAUGCUCCCUCUUUAUUCUGAAAUUCUUCUCGAGUCCACCAAUUCCCUGGACCACAUCAUAACAUUUAAAGCCACCCUGUUGGAGCCUGGGCGCCACGCUGCCUACUUCCUGCUGAGCGGUCCGGAGGCGGAGGGCGACGAAGACACUGUAGUCCUCAGCAAGCGAAAGCUGAAGCAGGAUCUCCAGCACAGCAAAGUGCUGCGUAUCAGCAGCGAAGGAGAGUGGGAGAGCAACGAGGACAUCACAGACGCGUUCCUACGACUCCGCUUCAGUGAAGAGUGAAAGGACCGACUGUGACGUGUCCAGUGAUUCCUCGGUCUUUGAACCAGUUGGUCACACACAGGUGACUGUAUGAUGGCUUUAUAAACCAACGUGUGUACACCAGUUACAACUUUUCCUACUGCUGACAACAAAAAGAUUCCUUCAAACUGAGCAUUACCCUCAGACUUGACUGUAAACUUACAAUCAUGAGUUAGAUUUGAUCUCAUGUCCAAAGAGCUCCUUGUUCUCUGACUCCUUCACUGUGCACAGACGCCAUUUUCCUGCUGAUGAAUCGAGAAGGGACCUGCCUCGUAUAUCGUUUCUGACAUUUCAAUGCAUUGCUCUUUUUUUUUUAACGGCUGAGGCUGGGUUAUUGUCUGAAUCUAUGCAACUCUAUGUGACACUGUACUUCAAAGGAAGCAGACGCACUCUGCCAAAGGUGGCUUUUUCAAAUUAUUGUUACAACCUUUAGGAAGCCACAAUAAUGGGGUUUAUUUUUCUUUAGUUGAAUUUAAUCAUUUACCUGCACAGGAUAGUUGUGCGGAGAAACUUGAAAUCCAUGAACCUAUAAGUACUAUUUUAUCAUAUUCUAUUUGCAAAAGUAUGAGAGGGCCUGCUUUUAGUCAUUGGUACUGUUGUCAAUAACCGAGACGUGUGUUAUUUACUUAAUCCAAGAUGCUGUUGUAAGGGUGAGUCAAAGGAUAACCUGCUGAGUCAGUGCUGUGUUUUUUACUGCUCCGUGUGAAGUGGUUUCUUUUAUUUUUGGUGAUUUAUAGAAGUUAAAGAGUUUCUGGUUUAUGCUUUACAUUAAUAUAUUGAACAUGUAGGGCAGGUCUGUGUUGGCGCCGGCUGUUCUCUCUGUCUUGAGAAGCUUGAAUCUGAGCAAUAUUCAACAGGCUUAAAAGAAGUGAUAUUGUUUAAUCUCAAAGACGGUCGACAGAUUGUAUUUAUGUAGCCCUGACAAACAAUCAUACAGCACUUUGAUAUGCAGCGCUUCUUCUACCCCACAGUUCAUACACUGUUGCUAAAGGCCUCAGGGGCAAUUUGGGGAUCAGUGUCUAGCCCAAGGUCACUUGUACAUGCAGAGUGGAGGUGCCGGGGAUCGAACAAUGUCGUCUCAUAGCAGACACUGAAUGGAUAUAAAUAUAUGGGUUUGCUGUCUCUCAACCAUUAAAUCGCCAAUCCCUACAAGAAUGUAUCGCCCUUAUGUCUUACGGAGGAGAGUUUCAUAUGGGUAACAGAGCUUUUAUAAACCUUUAGUCAAGAUAACACAAAUUAUGUUGAACGUUAUGCGACCCUUUACUAUCACAGUAAACAGUUUAAAGUUUAAUCUUAAGGCUCAUCUUUUAGCCGCCAAAUGUUAGGUGAGGUUUAGAAAAUUGGCAUAAUGGUGAGUUUGAGGCUAAAUAUGCAAAUGUUUGUAUCGCUGGAAAGUGACCUUUUCGCAAAAAAAUCUAAAAAUCGAAAUCACGCUGAUAUUGGCCAGUGACCAUACAUAUAUAUUUUUAUGCCUCCAUAUAUACAAUGUAAUGUGAUAUAUUUUUUUCCAGCAAUGAGCGGUGUAAUAAACGUGUCAAACCAAAUAAAAACAUUUUAAAUGAA